CUAUCCUUCCGCCGCUAAUGGUUUGCAGGUGAGCAGGCGAAGGGAGAAGAUAAAAACGGAGUGAUCCGCCGCCGUUUGCCGGGACUCUUAUCGGACGCGUCACUCCUUCGCUCUGAGGGGAGAGCGGUGUGUCCUUCCGCCGGAGGCUGUUUCCGGAUCGUUUGAGGAGAAGAAGAAGGAGAAGCAGAAGCAGCAGCAGCAGCGUCUCUGUCGCCUUCCUCGCCGCCAUUAAGAAGGAGCCUCCCUCCUCUUCUUCUCCGGUUCUCGUUGUCCAGGAGGAGAGGCUUCCUCUCCGACCCGCCGCCGCCGCCGGGCUGGAGCCCCAAAACCCCAACAACGCCGCCGCCGCCGCCUCCGCCUCUUCGUCGGGCGCCAUGGCCCAGAUCCUCCCCAUCCGCUUCCAGGAGCAUCUCCAGCUCCAGAACCUGGGCAUUAAUCCAGCCAACAUUGGCUUCAGCACUCUGACCAUGGAGUCUGACAAAUUCAUCUGCAUCCGAGAGAAAGUUGGAGAGCAGGCCCAAGUGGUCAUCAUUGACAUGAAUGACCCCAGCAAUCCCAUCCGCCGGCCAAUCUCAGCCGAUAGCGCCAUCAUGAACCCUGCCAGCAAAGUCAUUGCUCUGAAAGCCGGGAAGACUCUUCAGAUCUUUAACAUCGAAAUGAAGAGCAAAAUGAAGGCUCAUACCAUGACGGACGACGUCACCUUUUGGAAGUGGAUCUCUCUGAACACAGUUGCGCUGGUGACCGACAACGCUGUCUACCACUGGAGUAUGGAAGGAGAGUCUCAGCCGGUCAAAAUGUUUGAUCGCCACUCUAGCCUUGCCGGCUGCCAGAUAAUCAACUACCGCACAGAUGCCAAGCAGAAAUGGUUGCUUUUGACUGGUAUAUCUGCACAGCAAAACCGUGUGGUAGGAGCCAUGCAGCUUUAUUCCGUAGAUCGGAAAGUGUCCCAGCCUAUCGAGGGCCACGCCGCUAGCUUCGCACAGUUCAAGAUGGAAGGCAAUGCCGAAGAAUCCACUCUUUUCUGUUUUGCGGUGAGAGGACAAGCUGGAGGCAAGUUGCAUAUCAUUGAAGUUGGCACACCCCCCACUGGAAACCAGCCCUUUCCCAAGAAAGCUGUGGACGUCUUCUUCCCACCUGAAGCACAGAACGACUUCCCAGUCGCAAUGCAGAUCAGUGAAAAGCAUGAUGUUGUCUUCCUGAUCACCAAAUACGGUUACAUCCAUCUGUACGAUCUUGAAACAGGCACCUGCAUUUACAUGAACAGAAUUAGUGGUGAGACCAUCUUUGUCACUGCCCCCCACGAAGCCACGGCUGGGAUCAUUGGAGUCAACAGAAAAGGACAAGUACUCUCAGUAUGUGUUGAGGAAGAGAACAUAAUUCCUUACAUUACCAACGUGCUGCAGAAUCCCGAUCUGGCCCUGCGAAUGGCUGUCCGUAACAACCUUGCUGGUGCUGAGGAACUCUUUGCCCGAAAAUUCAAUGCCCUUUUUGCCCAAGGGAGCUAUUCGGAAGCGGCAAAAGUGGCAGCAAAUGCCCCUAAGGGUAUAUUACGCACCCCAGACACCAUCCGUCGGUUCCAGAGCGUCCCAGCACAGCCGGGUCAGACCUCUCCCCUGCUCCAAUAUUUUGGAAUCCUGCUAGACCAAGGGCAGCUGAACAAGUAUGAAUCCUUAGAACUCUGCCGGCCGGUUCUCCAGCAAGGACGCAAGCAGCUCCUGGAGAAAUGGUUAAAGGAAGAUAAGCUGGAAUGUUCUGAAGAACUAGGAGACCUUGUGAAGUCUGUGGAUCCAACGCUGGCUCUGAGCGUCUACCUGAGAGCCAAUGUGCCCAACAAAGUCAUUCAGUGUUUUGCUGAAACGGGUCAAGUUCAGAAGAUUGUGCUGUAUGCAAAGAAGGUUGGCUACACUCCAGACUGGAUCUUUCUCUUGAGGAAUGUCAUGCGGAUCAGCCCAGACCAAGGACAGCAGUUUGCCCAAAUGUUGGUUCAGGAUGAAGAACCUCUUGCAGAUAUCACCCAAAUAGUGGAUGUGUUCAUGGAAUACAACCUGAUUCAGCAGUGUACAGCCUUCUUGUUGGAUGCCCUGAAGAACAACCGCCCCUCCGAGGGUCCUCUGCAGACCCGCUUACUUGAAAUGAACCUCAUGCAUGCCCCCCAGGUUGCAGAUGCCAUUUUGGGAAACCAAAUGUUCACUCACUAUGACCGGGCCCACAUCGCCCAGCUGUGUGAGAAAGCUGGCCUCCUCCAGCGAGCCCUAGAACACUUCACCGACUUGUACGAUAUCAAGCGUGCAGUUGUUCACACUCAUCUUCUCAACCCUGAGUGGCUGGUGAACUAUUUUGGCUCCCUCUCCGUUGAAGACUCCCUGGAAUGCCUGCGUGCAAUGCUUUCCGCCAACAUCCGCCAGAACUUGCAGAUAUGCGUCCAGGUUGCCUCUAAAUACCAUGAACAGCUUUCGACGCAGUCGCUCAUUGAACUCUUCGAAUCUUUCAAGAGCUUUGAAGGUCUCUUCUAUUUCCUGGGGUCUAUCGUCAACUUCAGCCAGGACCCAGACGUCCACUUCAAGUAUAUCCAAGCUGCUUGUAAGACAGGACAGAUUAAAGAGGUGGAACGAAUUUGCCGAGAAAGCAACUGCUACGACCCGGAGCGUGUGAAGAACUUUCUCAAGGAGGCAAAACUGACAGAUCAGCUUCCCUUAAUUAUUGUGUGUGACCGCUUUGACUUUGUCCACGACCUGGUGCUGUACCUGUAUAGGAACAGCCUCCAGAAAUACAUUGAGAUCUAUGUUCAAAAGGUGAACCCGAGCCGUCUGCCCGUGGUCAUUGGGGGCUUGCUAGAUGUGGAUUGCUCUGAAGAUGUCAUAAAGAACCUGAUCCUGGUGGUGAGGGGACAGUUCUCCACCGAUGAGCUUGUGGCUGAAGUGGAAAAAAGAAACAGAUUAAAACUCCUCUUGCCGUGGCUGGAAGCUAGAAUCCAUGAGGGUUGUGAGGAGCCAGCUACGCACAACGCGCUGGCGAAAAUCUACAUCGACAGUAACAACAACCCUGAAAGAUUUCUGCGGGAGAACCCUUACUAUGACAGCCGUGUGGUGGGGAAAUAUUGUGAGAAGAGAGACCCGCAUCUGGCAUGCGUGGCUUAUGAGCGUGGACAGUGUGAUCAGGAACUUAUUAAUGUAUGCAAUGAGAACUCCCUCUUCAAGAGUCUGUCUCGCUACUUGGUGCGUCGCAAGGACCCUGAGCUGUGGGCUAGUGUGCUGCUGGAGAGCAAUCCUUACCGAAGACCCCUCAUUGACCAGGUUGUACAGACGGCGCUCUCUGAGACUCAGGAUCCCGAAGAAGUCUCUGUUACUGUCAAGGCUUUCAUGACGGCUGACCUCCCCAAUGAACUCAUUGAACUGUUGGAGAAAAUUGUUCUUGAUAACUCUGUGUUCAGUGAACACAGGAAUCUGCAGAACCUCCUCAUUCUAACUGCGAUCAAGGCGGACCGUACCCGUGUCAUGGAGUAUAUCAAUCGCCUGGACAACUAUGAUGCUCCAGAUAUUGCCAACAUUGCUAUCAGCAAUGAGCUUUUCGAGGAGGCUUUUGCUAUCUUCAGGAAGUUUGAUGUCAACACAUCAGCAGUGCAGGUGUUGAUCGAGCACAUUGGAAACCUGGACCGGGCCUAUGAGUUUGCCGAGCGCUGCAAUGAGCCCGCCGUGUGGAGUCAGCUCGCCAAAGCUCAGCUUCAGAAAGGGAUGGUCAAGGAAGCCAUUGAUUCCUACAUCAAAGCGGAUGACCCUUCUUCUUACAUGGAAGUUGUUCAGGCUGCCAAUGCCAGCGGAAACUGGGAAGAGCUGGUGAAGUACUUGCAGAUGGCACGCAGGAAGGCCCGGGAGUCUUACGUGGAGACGGAACUGAUUUUUGCUCUGGCAAAAACAAACCGUUUGGCCGAGCUGGAGGAAUUCAUCAAUGGACCUAACAAUGCCCAUAUUCAGCAAGUUGGUGACCGUUGCUAUGAAGAAAAGAUGUAUGACGCAGCCAAACUCCUCUACAACAACGUCUCCAACUUUGGCCGUUUGGCUUCCACAUUGGUUCAUCUUGGAGAAUAUCAGGCAGCUGUCGACGGGGCGCGGAAAGCCAACAGCACCCGAACCUGGAAAGAGGUUUGCUUUGCGUGUGUGGAUGGGAAAGAGUUCCGUCUGGCCCAGAUGUGCGGCCUUCACAUUGUCGUCCAUGCAGACGAACUGGAGGAGCUCAUCAACUAUUAUCAGGACCGUGGCUAUUUUGAAGAGUUGAUAACCAUGUUGGAAGCUGCAUUGGGCCUGGAGCGUGCCCACAUGGGGAUGUUCACAGAAUUGGCCAUCCUCUACUCCAAGUUCAAGCCACAGAAGAUGAGGGAGCACUUGGAGUUGUUUUGGUCACGAGUCAACAUUCCUAAGGUGUUACGGGCAGCAGAACAGGCCCAUCUUUGGGGUGAGUUAGUCUUUCUGUAUGACAAAUAUGAAGAAUAUGACAACGCCAUCAUCACCAUGAUGAACCACCCAACAGAUGCCUGGAAGGAAGGGCAGUUCAAGGACAUCAUUACUAAGGUGGCCAACGUGGAGCUCUAUUACAAAGCAAUCCAGUUCUAUUUGGAGUUUAAACCACUGCUGCUCAAUGACUUGCUAAUGGUGCUCUCUCCCCGACUUGACCAUACCCGUGCGGUCAACUUCUUUAGCAAGGUAAAACAGCUGCCACUGGUAAAGCCCUACUUGCGUUCAGUUCAGAACCAUAAUAACAAAGCCGUGAAUGAAUCUCUCAACAAUCUCUUCAUUACGGAGGAAGACUAUCAGGCUCUCAGGACAUCGAUAGAUGCCUACGACAACUUUGACAACAUUUCCCUUGCUCAGCGCCUGGAGAAGCAUGAACUGAUCGAGUUUAGGAGGAUCGCUGCAUAUCUUUUCAAAGGCAACAACCGCUGGAAACAAAGUGUGGAACUCUGCAAGAAAGACAGGCUAUACAAGGAUGCUAUGCAGUAUGCUUCAGAGUCCAAAGACACAGAGUUGGCGGAGGAGCUGUUGCAGUGGUUCCUGCAGGAAGGCAAGAGGGAGUGUUUUGGAGCCUGCCUCUUCACUUGCUAUGACCUUCUCCGGCCGGAUGUUGUCUUGGAAACUGCCUGGAGGCACAACAUCAUGGACUUCGCCAUGCCCUACUUCAUCCAGGUCAUGAAGGAGUACUUGACCAAGGUGGACAAGCUAGAUGCCUCUGAAUCCCUGAGGAAAGAGGAAGAGCAAGCGACGGAGACGCAGCCCAUCGUUUAUGGUCAACCCCAGCUCAUGUUGACGGCCGGACCCAGCGUCGCGGUCCCCCCGCAAGCACCUUUCGGCUAUGGCUACACCGCCGCACCUCCCUAUGGGCAACCUCAGCCUGGUUUUGGGUACACCAUGUAAGGAAGCAAGUCUGGAGGUCAGCACCAUACUGUUGAAGCUCCACCGUCCCUCCCACUUCAGUUCAACAGGGAAAAAGCCUCAUGUCCUUGCAACCUUUAUUUUAUGAAGGACUGUGUUUUUCAUUUGUCCCCGUGUCCCACCCCCCACAAGUUCUCUGGAUCCCACUUAACGCUUAACCCUUUUUUUCACAUUCCAUGUCACUUAGGACUUUCCCCCCCAUCCCUCCAUCCAACAGGAAUAGUUUUAAAUGUUCAAGUUGGCUUUCUCUUCUUAUUUUCCCCCCCCGGCAAGACUGCUUCUCGACCUUUAAACCCGGUCUUGUGACUCUUCCGGAUUUGCACUCUCGUAAUGUUUAAACUCUUUUUCUCGAUUCUCUUUUUAAGUUCAGUGUAUGUGAGCAGCUUACAGAUAUGUACCGUCUCUAUCUAAACAAUGCAUUUUAAAAGUUUCAUUGUAUAUUCCGAAAGGGGAACGGGGCGGAAAGCUGUAUGCUAUAGAAAAGAGAGGAUUUGUCGGCGGGAGUCGAAACACUAAUAGGCAUAUCCUUGCCCUUACCUCCCCAUUUGGAUUGCUUAGCUCUUAAAUGAAAAAGAUCUUUAAACGACGCAUACAGACAAACCUUUCCCGAACCUUACAAACGGCGAACCUAGUAGAAUUUUUUCCCCCGUCUUAUUAACCUAUGGAGGUUUCCGGUUAGUUGUAGACAAAGAAAUUGCAAGUGUUUGCUCACUCCGUAUGUAAUAAACAGGUGACCCUUCCGUUGUGCUACUGUACCCUGUGCUUUUUCUUGUGGGGACCAUUUUUUAAAGCAUUUCUUUUUUUCCAUUGAGGAACAAGAGGGAGCACCACGGAUCCAACCUUGCGUGUUAUCCGACUAAUAACCUUUGCCCUGAGGGUUUUUUUUGUGUGUGUGUGUGUAUUGUUGGGUAUUGUGUUCGAGAAGACUUUUCCUUGAGUGUACAGAAUUGAGAGACAGACAGAGAGAGAGAAAUUUAAAAGGAAAGAAAAACACACACAAGAGGUCGGUGGGGAGGAGGAGGAGGAGGAGGAGGAGGAACCCAAUUGCUGUUCGGUUUAUUUUGUUUGUGCAAUUUAAAAAAUGACUCUAAUUGGGAAAUAAAUAAAUUACUGGACUGUGGACAUUACUCUUAUGGUAGUUUUUCCAGUAUGUUUCUCUCUUCAGGCUCCUUUACCAUGGCGUCGAAACGGCACAAGGCUGGACCGCGCUCUUCAGGUCAAAAGGGGGAGGGAUCGGCCGCUUUAGCAAAAGACCAAAAUCGUUGGCGGGUGACUUGCGCUAAAGAGAGAGAAAGAUGACUUGCAAUGUAUGUGAGAAAUAAAUGCUUGGGACUAAAUGACUGGAUGGGGAGAAAGAGAGAAAGAAAGAGAGAGAGAGAUGAUGGCACUUUUCUAGUUUGGAGACAGUUACCUUCUGCCCAGGUGAAGAGCGAAACAAACAAACCUCUUUAGGGUUGUAGUUCUGAGUGUUUCCCGUUUUAAAAACCUUUAAAUAAAUAAAAGAUCAUGUUAUAGGUAUGUUAAGUUGCCUUAAUAUAUUUAGCUUCGAAAUAAAAACGACUUCAAUGUUCAAUGCUG